AUGUCAGUUAGAAUAAUAACAAAUUAUGGAGAUUUAAAAUUUGAACUCUUCUGUUCUCAGUGCCCAAAAACUUGCAAGAACUUCCUUGCUCUUUCAGCAAGUGGAUAUUAUAAAGACACAGUUUUUCACAAGAACAUCAAGGGAUUUAUUAUUCAGGGUGGUGACCCUACAGGAACAGGAAAGGGCGGAGAAAGCAUUUAUGGAAAAUAUUUUGAGGAUGAGAUUUGCCCAGAAUUAAAGCACGAUAGGAGGGGCAUUCUCUCGAUGGCAAGCAAAGGUGUGAGUAAAAGACCAAAUACAAACGGGUCGCAGUUUUUUAUAACUUAUUCAAGUCUACCGCAACUUAACGGAGAGUAUGUUAUUUUUGGAAAGUUGAUAGACGGUUUCGAUACUCUUAAUGCAUUAGAAAACUGCACAUCUGAUAAUUUACACAGACCGAUUGAUGACAUAAUUAUCAAAGAUAUAGUUAUUCAUUCAAACCCUAUUGCUGACAAAGAAAUAUUUGAUUAG